AUGGGGUGUAGAUUUAGUAAGUUGAAAAAUGAAAGAAGGCAAGAAGAAAAUCAGGAAGACACACUCAACAGCGACGUCAACAACGAUGUGUUGAAGAUAUAUAGCAAGUCGAAGGGAAGGUGCAACACGUAUAGGAGUGAGAAAGGAGGUAGUUAUAAUGAUAAGCGGAACAGUGUGUCUAGUAAUGCGUCCGCUAAAAGGUGGGUCGCCAGUAGUGAUCCUGAAAAUGAAAAGAGCGACUACCACUAUGUCUACCCGUGUGGUGGUAGUAAUGAUGUUUUCCCCUCAAUGGGAUACCAAUCUAGGGAGAGGAUAAAAAACACACAGAGCGGUGAAGGAAGAGGACAGGGCAGGAGGAAUGAACAAGGCAGCAUAUGUGAUGCGCACCAGGGAGAUGGCAAUAUGCCAAGGGGAAAAAUGCAAACAUCGCUGAAAGAGGUCAAAAUGAAGCACGCAGAAGGGAGCAAAGUCGAGAGGAACAAAAUCGAGGGCAACGAGGUUGGAGGGAUUGAGAACAAUGUUGAUAACAACUCCUUUACGGGAAUCAUAAAAACGAUAAAUAACACACUCAUAAAGAGGGAAUCCACAGAGCGAGGAAGAAAAGAAAAGGCAGAGUUGCCGUCCAAUGUAGAGAACACAACUCCUUUUAAAAACAAAAAAAUUAAAUUUUUGUACAAAACGAGCAAGGGUAAUAUAUGCACAGAGGAAGCACAAAAUGAAGAUACAUACGUUCCUCUGAAUGAGUCCAUCUUAGCACAACGGAAGAGAAAAAAAGCAAAGGAAAGCUACAACUGCCUGGGCAGCAAAAAAAAAGAAGAACUGCUAAUGAGGGCCAUUAGAAAGAAUAAAGAACAGCUACUCUACUAUCACGAUUUUAGAAGUUUCAUUUUGAGAAAAAACACCUUUCUGCAUAUUUAUGAAUUUUACAAAUUUAAUUCAAACGUGUUCAAUUUGUUUUCCCUAAUGCCCAGCCACAUCUCCGAGAACGUUCAUGCGUCCAGGAUUUUGUUCGAGAGCUCCUUGAUAGGAAAUUACAUAAUACUGCCCUGGAUUGAGAACGAUCCCGACAUAAAGAAUAAUUCGUAUAUUAAACAUGUGAAACAUUUUUCGGAUAAAAAAAUGAAGAUGGAAAGGGAUUCCGCAGAGGACACGCGUGACCAGGGGGUCAACUUCUGUGGGUUCUUCAACCACAAUUAUGACCACAGGGGGAGCGGAGAAAAAGGGCGCAAUGGCAGAAGGAGCCUCAUCAAUCGAAACGACAAUGCCGGUGAGGAGAAAAAGACCAGCGCGAUUGCAGACCAGCGCGCGCAGAGAUGCAAUGCACCCCACGAUAAACACACAUUGAAAAAUACUUCGAGACAUGUUUUAAAGAAGAAACUACGACUGUACAAUGGACGUGCAGAAAGGGAGAAGGAGAGAAAGUAUGUUAGUAACAGAAAUUUGAGCAUGGACAAUUUAUUCAAGCUGAACCUUAGAAAGACCUCUACCGCACCUGUUAAGAAGCGGAGGUAUAAGAAAGAAAUUGUUAGUAUGAAAAAUGGGGGAGCAAAUAGAGGUGCUAUUAAUGAGACAAACGCUCAACGUAGAAAAAUUCGCACGCAUAGGGAAAAGUCAAAAAAAAAUGAAGCUGCUGACGCAGGGAAGAGAGCAUCGUUAAAAGGCAGAGAAAGGAAAAGGGACCAACCAAGAAAGAAGAAUAGUGUAACCGUUCAAACGGAAAAUUACGCGACAAAGUGUGCUGUAAAUAGGGUUGUAAAGGACAACGGACAGAAAGGUCAGGGCGAAGGACCCAUUCGACAUAACACCAACGGAGUGGAAAAUGCACAGAUGAAUAAAGAACAGAGAAAUCAUAAUAUCCCUUUCACUGCCCAAAUGAUAAGCACGAGUAAAGACUACAUGGAAGCCAUAGGACAUGGCAAAAAGGAAACGCUUAUCAGAAUGGAAGCAAAGAAAAAAGGCGAAACAGAAAAAAGAUGUAUUUAUCAGGAGGUACAGGAGGAGACGAGGAAGGGAGAAAAUUGCACACAUGUGAUGAGGGGGAAAACGGGAGAAUCCGAUCCGCAGUUCGUUGUGACAAAUAACGUGACGGUACCAAUGAAUGGAAGAAGCAUCGAAUCGAGAGUAGACACGGAUAAGGAAGGGAACAGGAGGCAAAUAAAAACGUAUGAAAACAAAUGCAAGAAGACAGUUAGAAUUAGCAUGGCGGAAAAUCAUUUGAACGGAAUUAAUUGGCAUGUUGGAGAAAAAGAAGCGAAGGAAGAAGGGUACCCCAGGUGUAGCAAUAAUAAUAGGGAAGCCCACGAUGGGGGACAUAUCAUCAGGAGAGAAGACCAAGAGAAUUACACUGCAUAUGCAACAGAGAGAGACACAAAUUGUAACGCAAAAGUGUUGAAACGAGUUAGAAGACAAGUAGAAUGUCAUAAAAUGCUUUACAAUGAUGUGACCCCUGGAAACAGAAAACAAAGUAAUAAUGGUGAGAGGGGCAUACAGAUGGAGGAUCCUAAGUUAAGGUACCAAAUAUGUAGCGGUAAAAACACAAAAUAUGAUAAAGUUGAGGAAGAAAGAAAAACAAGUAUUAUUAGCAACAAAUUAGAAAAGCGAGAAUAUCUGAAGGAAGAAAAAAACAGUCAAGAAAUUUGCGAACAUAAGUAUGGCUUAAAUGAAAGUUCGAUAAAGAAAAAUUAUAUAGUGUGUAGAAAGUGUCACAAAAAAAGAUGCAUAUAUCAUUAUGUUAAUUGUUUUAAAUUGUACGGAUGGGUAGAUUACAAGUGGACAGAUCCUGAUGGGUACUUAGAAUUAAGUGUAAGACAAAAAAAAAAAUUCGACUGUUGGAAAAGGCUAUCAGAGUUGUAUAGCAAUCCUAUUGUUAUGUCAACAGAUUUGUAUAAUAGUUGUAUAAGACAAGGCUUUGUUGCAGACUGUUCCUUUUUAUCCUCUUUAACUGUUUUAAUUGAAUAUGAGAGAAAGCACAAAGUCCCCGUCCUGUCAAAUAUCAUUUCUCCAUGUACCUCUAAUUAUGUACAUGCGAAUAAAAAUUGGCCAGUUUUUAAUCCUUGUGGAAUGUAUAUCUGUAGAUUACACUGUAAUGGAAUUCAAAGAAAAAUUAUCAUUGAUGAUUAUGUGCCUGUGAAGAGUAACAAUUCUUUGCUAGUUGCUUAUUCGAAUAAUCAGAAAGAGCUUUGGGUGACUUUGCUUGAAAAAGCUUUUGUUAAACUCAUGGGUGGUUCAUACUCCAUGUAUGGGUCUAACCCUGGUUCCGAUUUGUAUUACUUGACUGGUUGGAUCCCCGUGACAAUUUCGUUGAAGUCGAAGAUAAGUAGCUCUCCUCCUUCGUUCGAUCGCCUGACAGCGCACGCCGCGGUAAAUGAGGUCUGCGCUUCUGCUGCGGAUGUUUGUGAUGGCUCCCUGGUGGCGAAUCACCCCAAACGUGCAUGUACUGUACGAGGCGCGAUGGGGAGCGAAGCACGCGCACUUCGAAGAUGUGUCAAAAAGAGGGAGAGAAAAAAUGUGAUAAAUCGUAAACGGAGUCUUUACAAUUUCGUUCGUGGUGGCCAAAAUACAGCGACACGCAGUGCAGGUAAGGAAGUAUACACGAAAAGGGGCAGGAUGCAGCCCCGGUAUGACUUCCCCGUGGGAGCCAAUUUAAGCAUCCACCGAUUGGGUAAAAGUAGAACCUGGCACCCAACACGUGUUGAUUGGUCAAAGUAUGAAAAGCUGAAGGUGUAUUGGACUCUGCGCCAUUUGUAUACAACGGAGAACAGGAAGAAGCAAAAAUGGAGCAGGAAGGAAACAUCGCUCAUGACAGGGACAGGACCCAAGUGCACCAUUAAAAGGGUAUGUGGUGUUGGUGGCACGGCGGCCAAGCAGACACAACUGAAGAGAACUUUUAUUGAAGGAAAUACCGUGCGUGGCACUUUGUCGAGUAUCAAGAAAAUCCCACGCUGCGUAGGAAACGGAGACGAUGUAAAGGACGCACCGAAGGAAGUGAUGGCCGACUACGAAGUUAAAAUGAGACAUACGAACCAAUUUCUGUGCGAACCAGUGAGUAGCAUGGAUCUGUCUUCCUAUGUGUGUGGGCCAAUCGAUCAGUACAGCUAUUUAAAUGCAAAAGGAGAGAGUUCCGUUUUGAUGGACGAAGAAUAUGAAGAAUAUGAUGAGAAGUGGGACAUCAUAUGGAAUAAUAUUUACGAAGGAAUAAAAAAAGGGAAAUGUGUGGUAUGUUUGGGUACCUUAGAAUUAAAGGACGCUGCGCCAUCCGGGUUGGACUACCCAGAAGGGGUUUCCCUUUCAACUGGAAUUGUAACGAGACACGCCUACUCUAUUUUAAACAUCGAAAGCUAUAACGGGGAUAAGCUGCUCUAUAUAAAAAACCCAUGGGGAUGCAUCCGAUGGAAGGGGAAGUACUCUCAUCAUGAUGAAACGACGUGGACAAAGGAAGUGCAGAAAAAGUUGAACUAUUCUAUUGAGAAGGCGAAAGGGAAAGACGAUGGUUGCUUUUGGAUCCCCUGGAAAGAUGUAGUGAAAUAUUUCUCGCAUAUAUAUAUUUGCUGGAAUAGUGUUAUCUUUCCGUACCAAUUUGAAAUACACACAAAAUGGGAGAACAGCACGUACUUGAAUAGCUCCAUUUUGCAAGAUGACACCCACCUGGUGGCUUACAAUCCUCAGUUUGCCCUGCACGUAAAUGUGAAGAAACAGGAUUUAUCAGAAGAUGGUUUACGCUAUAUAGGGAAGAAGCCAAUAGAAAUAUGGAUCCUUCUAUCGAAGCAUGUGAGGGAGAGAAAAGCAGACGCUUCUCAAAAGUACCUAGCACUGCAUAUCCAUUCAGGAAAGGACAGAAUUAUUUGUCCUUUGUUUCCAAUUAAGCAAGGAAUAUACUCCAAUGGGGAAUGUACCUUUACCAAAGUGGUCAUUGGAGGUGAAGAUGAAUGUAUUAAUAAUUACCUUGUUAAGAAGAGUUCCUCGAAAAAGGACCCUCCUGAUGAACCCCAGGGUGGUAAUCCAAAUAAUAUGGCCGGAGGACACACACAGAGCAAUAAUGAGAACGUAAAUGUAAAUUCAACUGGAGAUAGUCAACAGGAAAUUUUAAGAAUCAUCGAUUUUGUCUUAAUCGUUUCGCAGUACUCACAGAAGGAAGAAUUUAAUUUUACGUUGAAGGUAUUUAGUCAUACGCAUUUGUCCCUAUAUGAAUUACCACCAAUGCUACCAGAGAAUUACGACUCUCUUUAUUUCAAAGGACAGUGGACAAGUAAAUGUGCAGGAGGUUGCUCGAACAAUUUGUGGUCUUACUUUAGAAACCCUCACAUACGUUUUUAUGUGCCCGAGGAUUCUACAUUUUGUAUUUUCCUCGAGUGCUCACAAGAACAUUCAGUUAAUUUGAGAAUAUUCAAUGGUAUGACAUCAUCCCCAAGGAGUUUAAAAAAGGGAGAAAUUAUAUCCAGUGGGGCAUACAAAGCUGGUUGUUGCUACAUUGAAUGUACAUUGGAAAGUGGGAUUUAUUGCCUCAUUCCGUCUUUAUAUAGACCUAACGUUACGGGAGAUUAUCAAAUAUGUAUUCACUACCCUAAGUCGAAGCAGAAGCCAGUCCUUCAUUUUAUUCCAUAUUCGUAUGUCGUUCCUCCGCUUUCCUUUUUCAAAUACCAUCAAGUACAUUUAUACUCUUUAAAAAAUUAUUCCAUCAUUUUAUUUCACGCCACAUCUGUGACUCUGCUCUCACUUAGAAUUACCUUCUUUGAACACAUGAAAAUUAAGGGGAUUCCAUUUGUUAAUAUUUACAAGCUUGUCGGUAGCACAGACUCCUGUGCGAACGACUUGGAAGCUGGAAAUGUUAUGAAGAAUAAUUUAUUUAACUCUUACAUUUCUCAUAAUAGAUAUGUAUACAAGAUUGUUCAGAAAUGCAACAUCCAUGGUGGACCAGGCUAUGACAUACUCCCCCUUUCUACUUGUGCAUACGAUUACUACAUCAAAUUUAAUUCUGUAUUGAUUCCGUUGGUGCAGCUGGAGAAUGAGCAUACUUCAUACUUACUGCUCAUCACCACGAAUAUAAAGGAGGACAUUCUUUACAACCACGAGGUUCAUUUUGUCUCAGAGAAGCAGCUUUCAGUGGACACAUGUUAUCCGGUGCACUCCUAA